AGGGCUUUCCAUGCUAUUCAAUGGCAUGGAGGAUUAUUUUAAGGCUCAUUCAAGAACCAUCAAAUACGUUGUGCUGGGCAUAUUAGGAGCAGGGUAUGUGGCGUACUUCAUCGCGGCCUGUGUGUUGGAUUUCCAAAGGGCCAUUGCUCUCGUCGUGCUGACCAGUUUGGCAGUUGCCUCCAAAACCUAUGAUCUUUUAAAAACAUACCAGGGACGCCGCAUCAGUCAGUGGCUUUGUCCUGCAGUGCAAUGGUUCAGUUCGCACAUGAGGUGGAUUAAAUGGGUGUUUAUAGUCGUGGUCCUGGCCCUGCUAGCCACCUGGCUCGCUAUAGACACGUCUAAACGUCCAGAGCAACUCAUCUCAUUUGGAGGGGCCUGCAUGUUGGUCCUGAUUAUGUUCAUCUCCUCGGCACAUCGGGCAGCGGUAUCAUGGAGGGCUGUCUUCUGGGGACUCGGCAUGCAGUUUUGCAUUGGCCUUUUUGUCAUAAGAACAGAGCCAGGGCUUACGGCUUUCAAAUGGCUUGGAGACCAAAUUCAGAUAUUCCUGAACUACACAAAAGCUGGCUCCAGCUUUGUUUUUGGAGGGCUGACUGAAAACAUUUUUGCAUUCCAAGCUCUGCCCAUCGUCGUCUUCUUCAGCAGUGUGAUGUCAGUUCUUUAUUUCCUGGGGCUCAUGCAGUGGCUCAUUGUGAAGAUCUCAUGGGUGAUGCAGAUAACGAUGGGAACCUCACCCACCGAGACCUUGAGCGUUGCAGGCAACAUAUUUGUCGGACAGACCGAGGCGCCACUGCUCGUUCGCCCUUAUUUGAAAGACAUGACUAAAUCGGAGGUCCAUGCUGUUAUGACCGGGGGAUUUGCCACCAUCGCAGGCAGCGUAAUGGGGGCCUUCAUCGCAUUUGGGAUCGAUGCAUCCUCACUGAUAGCAGCCUCUGUGAUGGCUGCCCCUUGUGCCUUGGCUAUGGCCAAACUGUCUUAUCCCGAGACAGAGACGAACCAGUUCAAGUCGGAGAAAGAUAUUAAAAUUACUUGUGGGGAUGAGCGGAACGUUCUGGAGGCCGCCAGCAGCGGAGCGUCUGCAUCGAUAGGCGUGGUUGCUAACAUAGCUGCCAAUCUCAUAGCCUUUCUUGCCAUCCUGGAUUUCGUAAAUUCAGCUUUAAGCUGGUUUGGCAGUAUGGUGGGAUACCCUUCGGUCACAUUUCAGCUUAUCUGCUCAUACGUGUUCAUGCCUUUGGCCUUCAUGAUGGGAAUACCAUAUGAUGAAUGCUUUAUUGUGGCCAAGCUAAUUGGAACCAAGCUUUUUCUGAACGAGUUUGUGGCCUACACGGAGCUGUCAGAGCUGAAGGACCACAGGCUAAAUGGACUAGAUGAAGUUAUAGAAGGUGAAAGGCAAUGGAUCUCUGUCCGAUCCGAAAUCAUAUGCACAUAUGCUCUUUGUGGGUUUGCCAACUUUAGCUCUUUGGGCAUUAUGAUUGGAGGCCUGUCAUCCAUAUGCCCAUCCAGAAGACUUGAUGUCUCAGCUUUAGUGUUGAGAGCCCUAUUCACAGGGACAUGCGUAUCUCUUAUCAAUGCUUGCAUUGCAGGGAUACUUUUUGUUCCUCCUCUCGACUGCGUGGAGGUGUUCAAUACGUCCAAUGGCACGGGAGUGGACAUUCAAACAUGCUGUUACGACCUCUUCGACAGCACUAUAAAGAACGGGACCAUCUCAUUUGGCGGCUCUUGGAGCACAGUGGCAAAUGCUACUCAUUAUUUUACUAGAUGUUGUGGUCUUUUUGAUGUGCCAGUUUGUAAUUAGACUUUCCUAUGGAAAAGAUAAUGUCCUAACAUGGGCAAGGUAAGCUGCAAUAAUUCACAUAACUUGACCAGAUGUAUCUGCAUUAUAUAUGUACACACACACAUAUAUAUAUAUAUAAAUUAGUGUUUUUAUUCUAAUUUAGCUGCCGAGAUAAAUGUACAGUAUCAGCAACUCAUAACAAAUUCCUGUUCUUUCACAAUCCACCUUCCCCAUGAAUUACAUCAGCUUUCGCUCAAAGUCAAAUCAUCGAAGCGCAUGCCUUCAAUAAAAUAGCUCAGGAAAUAUUCAAAAAUCCUCUCUGAAGAAUCAGAGAAAAGUCAAGUUUAUUUUUAUUUUUCACUUUGAAUAAGAAUAUAAUUGUUACUUUGUUUUUUACCAAAUAAAAACUUGAAAUAAAAAAAAAGCAAAUCAGCCUUAGACACAAAUGUUUUACACUUUUAUUUUAGAAAAUUAGCUGACACUUCACAUACCAAAAAUUGACAGUGCACAUUUAUUUGCUUUUCACUCACUCGCUCACUCAUUCAUGUGCUCACUCACUCCCUCGCUCGCUCAUUCAUGUGCUCACUCACUCCCUCGCUCACUCACACUCGCUCGCUCACUCACUCGCUCACUCAUUCAUGUGCUCACUCACUCACUCACUCACUCACUCACUCACUCACUCACUCACUCAUUCAUGUGCUCACUCACUCAUUCGCUCACUCAUUCAUGUGCUCACUCACUCAUUCGCUCACUCAUUCAUGUGCUCACUCACUCCCUCGCUCACUCAUUCAUGUGCUCACUCACUCCCUCGCUCACUCCCUCACUCACUCACUCAUUCACUCGCUCGCCCACUCACUCACUCACGUUUCUUUCACUUAUAUUUAGUCCGUACAUUCUAUGUACACAUGCUUCUGAGACUGUCUUAUUGCUUGAGUCACACAAUGCCUCCCUCCAUAUUGCAGUGUCUUUGUCAUAAUCUUUUUACUGCUGUCUCCUGUUUGUUAUAAUUACUUGAGUUUCAUUGUCUUUUUUUCUUUUCUUUUUUUACUUAUCGAGUUGUUUUCUGUAAAUAAAUAAACUGUGUAUGCAAUCAAAAUUCAUUUUUCAGUCAAAAGCAGCUUAAAUUCAAACGUGUUUUUUAUGUACCAUUUAAAGCCACCUAUUAAACAGAAUCCAACCAAGAAUCCAUCGUGGAAACUGAAGAGGUUUCAUGA